AUGGUUGUUGUCCGUUGCCUUUGUCUUCUUCCUCCGUUCAGUCGGCUGUUUCAUUUGUUUUGCUUCAUGUUGCUGUUGCACGCCAUCGCUGGCGAGGCUUUCGAGAGACGCUCGACGACGGCGCGCAACUUCGACUUGUUCUCGAUUUCUUUUUCCGCUUGUCCACCUCGGUCUUCCUGGCUUUCUUCUGCCCGGUCCUCCGCUCUGACGAUGUCCUGCUCGGGUCGUGGGACUGGCAACUUUUCAGUCGACUGCAAGGCGCGCUUCCUUCAAUCAAACAACGACGUGCUGGCACGCAUUCACUGGUCUCCUGCCCGCGAGAGUUCAAAGGAUGGAGAGAGGGAAACGAGUUUCGUUGAGGGUUCGAGGGGAAGGGAGAGAUUUUCAAGUGAGCAUCCCGCCUUGCCCCGUUCGUCGACUUGUGCAGGGGGCUGGAGCGACGCAUGUGCCGCGACAGAAGGCGGAAGGAGAGCAGUCUGCACUUGCGCGUCCCGCUUCCCGAGGCGCCAGGACCCCAGCUGGCGUUCCUGGAGAGAAGGAAGCGUUCGCUCUCGUCUGCGGUCUCCUUCUCGAGCAAGGGGUAGGAGGACGCGUACACCCGCCAGUGAACCCGGGGGAGGGAGUCGUCUUCGCUCGCUUCUCGAGCUUUCGACUUCGAGGGCUUCCUGUGCCAGAGAGGACUGCGGAGCUCGGUGCAUCCCGCUGCCCGCUCAUUUUGCUCCCAGUCGCAAGACGCAACGCUGUCACUGCCGCCGUCUGCGUGCGUACUCGCCCACGUGCCUGUCCCGUCCGUCGGGUGCGUCUGCUGAGCUCCUCGGCGGCUCUUCGUUCUCAUCUUCAGGUCGACGAGAUCUUCGCGCCGUGCCCUCGUCCGCACCGGCAUCGUUUGCGGCGUCCCCUUCGUGUUUUUGGUCUGGUCGGCCGUCUCCUCUCCCUUCCGCCUCGUGUUCGUGGGUCUCCUAUUCAACUUGCGGGCGGUCACUUCACUCGGAUUCCCGCUUGGCUCCUGCGCCCUCCAUCCUGUCUCCGCUUGUCUCUCCGCCGCGCGCGUCUGCGCUCGCGAUCUUGCACGCGACAGCGGCUUGGCAGUCCUCGGCUCUGAAGACCUGCGACAUCUUUGGAGAGCCGCAGGUAAGGCGGAGAAGUCUGUACGAAGUUGCUGAAAGAUUUGACGAGCUGGCGAAACACGAGUACGAUGGAGUGCUUAAGCAGGUGGCUGAAGAGGCCAAUCGCGAGAUGCGCUCGAACUGCCUUGGGCGGGUCCCUCGCAAGCCAGAGGCACUGGAAUAUGGUCUGCCGAGUACGGGUGGCGGGCAGACAGACGCAGCGGCUGCGAUAUUGAAGCCCGGGGGACACGAUGGGCGACUCGAGCGCCGUGACACGAAGGACGAGCCAGCUGAGUCCUCGUGCCACGGACGGCCGGCGUCGCUUUCGUCGAGAGUGCUGUCUGGCACGCAAGCCGAUGCUCAACCGGGCGCGCGGAGAAACACCGAACCGGUGUCUGCCGCGCGCGAGGCCUUCGCGGCUCGCGCCCCUCGCUCUGCGCCUGUCUCUAGGCGUCCCCUGCUCUCCUCUCCUCGCGCGCCGGUCUUUCCAGCCUCUCCGCUUCUUCCCUUCGGCCCUGCGUCUGUCCUCCCAGCUCCCUCUUCGUCUGAAGGGUCGACGGCGCAGGACGACUCGCGAGGAGACGCUGGACGAAAGUCAGCAGGGAUGAACGGAAAAGCACAGACGGCAGGGGGAGAGGAGGAGCGGCUCGAGCAGUCUCUCGAAGCGGCCCGCUCGGCCGCGGCACUUCUUUCUGCCGUCGACGCGAGCAUAGCUUCCUUCCCACUGCGCGCAAUCGCGAGGAUAUUCAUCCGUGUGUGUCAGCUGACCAGCGUUCGCGGAGAGGACCUGAAGGACGAUCCACGGUAUGCGAGGCUCCUUGCCGCUCUGGAUCUACGGCUGCAAGAAGACGUCCAAGCUGUGGCUUCUCAGAUUGCGCUCUUCGAUAGGAAGCGAGAAGAGGAUAGGGUCGAUCAAGAGGCGCAGAGAGAUACAGGCACCCGGGCGCGAGAGCCCCUCAGUUUAGCAGGGAACGGGGACCGCGAAACUGAAGCCGCGGGCGACGGUGACGCGGCUGCAAGCGAAGGACCUGUGCAGGGAGAAACAGUUUGUCGAAUAUCCUUGUGUUUUGAACUGCUUCCUGAGGACCUGGUUGCUUUGGCUAAAGCCUUGAGACUCUCUCGCCUGGCUCUAGAUCUGGAUAUGGUGCUCCGUAACGUGGAAAUUCUCGCACUGCUUCAACUGCCGUCAUUUUCGCUCCAACAAAUUUGCGAGCUCGUCAUGUCUCUUGGUGCCGUCCGUACAACAGGCCUCCGUCCUCUCUCGCGCACCUUCCUCUCCCGUGCCGCGUCUCGCCUCGGGGUUCUGCUUUCUGCUUGUCUCGAUGAAUACGAAGCGCUGCCGAUGCAGCAGGACGGGGGACACGAGGGUCGACGCGACAAAGUGGCAAGGAGUGAGGCGCCGGAGGCGCGACAGAAAACUGAAGGCGAAACCAAGGAAAAUGGGCGCGCAGAAAGAUGCGACGAAGGGAAGCGCAGACAGGAGCGGGGCCACCGGCUGGGUGCUGGAGCGGCGGAAGCGACGGAAAGCGAAUCGAGGCAGACAGAAAGUCGAAAGGUGAACCGCAGGAACGAGAACCUGUUCCGAGAGGCCUCGAGUCUCUCGUCUAGCAUGGCGUCGCCCGCGGGGACUCGCUCGGUGGCCUGCAUCGAAAAAGAUCCUCUCCGGUUCACGCAAGCGCGAUCUCUCUCGUCUGCGGUGGAGAACGUUCUGGGCACUCUUCCCUCGUUUCUCCAAUAUGAGGAGGAGUCGCGUGUAUGUGCGCAAGACUUGAAACGUCCGGCCUUUCUCUGCGAGACGUUCCUUCGCUCCCUCGGGCGCGCAUGGGCGCAGACAAUGUCGCUGGAGGAGCGACGAGAGAUUCGCGGAGCCGCUGGAGCGUCAGAGACACCUCAAGGCCCCCAACACCUCCUGCUGUCUGGUUCUCCGUGUUCCACGCUUAGUGAGAGACAGCAAUGCGGCGAACGAGACGGAAUAAAGAGCGAGGGCGCACGAAGUGGGAGAGGCGCGGGGACGGAGGACCGCGAAGGCGGCGGCUGCGGCGUGCCAGGGGACGGAAACAGACACGGCGAAACGAGGGAGGUUGUAGAUUUCUUGGAGAAGGCCACCCAUAUCCGAUAUAUUGCUAAAGCCCUAGCAGGCACCUUGAAAGCGGGGUCCGCGGACGAUGAGAGAGUUCUGUCACCUCUGACUCGGGCGGCGUUUGGCCUCCUGCGCGACUGCGGCGGAGAAGGAACCAGUCAUUGCUCACACGGAGCGAGGGGAAGGUCAGGAGAGGCCUGCGCUCAUGACCACUUAAAACGUUGUCGGAUAUCGGUGGCGCAAGCCCUGCUGGAGACGCUAGCAACCUUCUCGGAGCUGCUCUGGGGUGAUGCUUCGUUGCCGGCGGUGACAAUCAAGAAACGCCUUGAGGAAGACUGGCUGCGCUGCUUUCGCGUCAAGCUGCACGUCUUCGUUUCCUUCGUUCUGUGCCCGAUUCUGCCUCUGCAGGCGGGAGCUUUCAGCAAAGAGCUGUGGAGCGCAGCUCUACCCACUCUUCGCUCUGUUCUCCCAUUCCUCUCUCUCAGCUACCUGGACCAAGCUCUUCGUUUGUAUGGCAGAGCCCGAGUUACGGGCACAAUCCAGCCUCGUCGUCUGCAAGGUGGAGGAGAAGACACGUUCGGCGCACCCGACGUGUUGACUGGUGAAGGCGGAGGCCAUGCAACAUAUAGGCAGGAAGCAAACAGAGGAACACAGGACGGAGGUGGUGCAGGUCGAGACAAGGAGUUCUUGGAGUGUCUUCUUCGCGUGCUGAUGGCACAUCCACGUAACAUGACCAACGGAGAACUGUCAGCGUUCGCAGAUCGCCUUGUCUCCAAUGCCUUCUGGCUUGGAGGCGUGGAGUCUGGGGUUGCUGAAGAACUUGUCGCCACGGUGUUCGCCGAAAUUCGGGAACGGUAUAUCGACGGUGACGCGGACGCGCAGGCUCGCGUGGACCUCCCACUGCAGCCUGCAAUGAACCUUGCUCUUCUCGCAGGAGAAUGGGGCGUGAUAUCCAUGCAGGCACUCUUCGACUUCCUCGUCCUGUCACUUCACGCGCACCGCGCCGAACUUCACUUUGCUGACCUUCUGAAGCUCAGCGAGGCUCUCCGCCGUCUCUCGGCCGGCUACGAUCUGUUGCAUGCGCUGGGAGCAGAGGCUCUUCUCGAUUGCAUUUUGCAUAGGGCGGAAGAGAUUUACGAGAACCUUCGAAAGCGCGCGUCGAGUAUUCCAGACGACCUUUACACCGAAUUACAAGAGGCUAACGUCAAGGAGCACAUUAGGGGGAAUAUGAAGGUGAGUUUGGUCGAAGGUCUUUCUCCAUAUCUUCGAAGUCUAGCCACGCUCGAGGAGGAAAUAUCUGUAAUGCUAUCGAGACCCUGA